AUUUAAUUUUUCGUUUUGACUAAAAUGGACAUCAUAUACUAUGUAUUUGUUAAUUUAACCUUAUGCAAUCUAUUAAUAUAUUCUUGUGUUGACCCUAAUUCGAUUUCUAAAAAUUAAAUAAAAUAAUUUAAAAAGGAAUACAAGUAGAUUGUGGAUUGAAAUACAUGACGGGACUAUUCAAAAAAAGGAUGCCUACUGAACGUUAUAGAAUUGUAGGAGGGGAAGAAAGUGUCCCUAAUGCUUGGCCUUGGCAAAUUGAUAUAAGGAUUCGAAACAACAGGCAUAUUUGCGGAGGUUCUCUCAUAACUGACUCUCAUGUAAUUACAUCAGCCCAUUGCAUUAUUCCGGGUCAAAGAUACCGUCUACACGCUGGAGUUCAUAAUAGAUCGAUUCUUGGUGAGUAUGAACAAAUUCGAAACAUAUCAAAUGUAAUUAUUCACCCUAACUUUGAUGAAGAAUUGCAAUUCGAUUCUGAUAUUGCCAUCUUAAAAACUAAGGAACCCUUCUUGUUGAAUCAGUAUGUCAAUUUGGUCUGUUUACCUUUACUACCGCGAUCAACGGUUUUAUGGAAUAAUGAUAGCAAAGAAUGUUUCGUCACUGGUUGGGGAGAAACUCUAGGAACUGGGAAUGAUAUAGUACUAAAUCAAGUUAGAGUGCCCAUUUUAAAAACGGAUAUUUGUAAUUCUUCGGAUUAUCUGUCGGGAUUAAUCACAACAAACAUGAUUUGUGCAGGGUACGAUGAAGGAACAAAGGACGCAUGCGGAGGCGAUAGUGGUAGUCCUUUAGUAUGUUCCUUUGACAAAAAAAAAUGGUUUUUAGAAGGAAUUGUUAGUUGGGGAAUCAGUUGUGCUCUGCCAAAAAGACCCGGAGUAUAUACGAAGGUUGAGAAUUUUGUGUCAUUUAUUACAAGAAAUAUUAUUUGAUAAGAAAAUUAAAUAAUCAUAUUAUUAUAUCGCUAUUUUGUAAUUUACACUAUUUUUUAUUUAUCGAAAAUAUAAAAUUUAUUGACAAUGAUAUCAAUCAUGUUAUAUAAUUUUUCAUUUAUAAUUUUCUGCGAAAAAUGUUUAUAUAUAAUGCGUAUAGAAUAUUUCGAUUAGAUUGUAAAAAAAUUUAUCACAUAAGAAGUAUCAACUAUUUAAUUGUAAUUAUUUUUAUUUACAAACUCAUUUUACGUGAUUUAAAAAAAAAUUAAAUCCUUUAUAUUUUUCGCUCUUUAUUAUUAUUUAUAUAUAUAUAUAUAUAUAAAAAAUACAAUAUACAUUCAAUGUCAUUGCUAUUAAUCCAUGUUUUAAAAAUCUUCAUUUUAUUUUCAUUUAAACAAUGAGGCAUACAAAUCUGUGCUAUAUUUUUACUUUUAAAGAAAAAACUAUGAAAUAAAUUACUGAAUAUUA